AUGCCAAAACCACCGUUCUGGGCUUUUCCCCUUGUCUCGGCAUGCACGUGGCUGGUGACGCUCUUCGGGAUGCUGGGCCACUGGUUCAUGGUCGGACGACCGAGGUACGGCCGUAUGGAGUUCGACCAAACCGUUCCAUUCAUUUCUGAUCUUGCAGCGCAAAAGCUGUGGCCAUUGUUCUUGAUUGGCUCUCUCGUCACAACGUCAUUUUUCGGCGUCUCCUUCCAUCAAUUCGUUCAGAAGAAGGAACAUCACAGCAGAGCCCUCGCCUAUUUCUCAUUCUUUAUCACUCUCAUUGGCAGUCUCUCCUUGAUUAUGAUAUCUGUCUUUGACAAUAUCGAUUUUAAGCAUCUCCACGAUGUAUUUGUCACUAUAUUCAUAACUGGCUAUUUGAUCGGCGCAGUUGCAAUCUGCAUCGAUUAUUUCUAUCUGAUGACUCUGUAUGGGUCAGAACGGCGAAUACUGUUCGCAAGCUUUUUCAUCAAAAUCUCCUUCAUUAUCACCGAACUUGCCUUCAUCCUUCCAUUUCGAAUAAUGGCAGGGAUGCACCAUGCCGAGAAGAACGCAGCUGCAAUUCUCGAAUGGGCAACUGCCUUUAUAUUUACUGGUUACAUCCUUUCUUUCGCAGUUGACCUGAUGGAAGAGGAGGAUGACCUUUUCAAUACCUCACACAAGUACCAUCAACUUGAGAUGAAUACGGUCUUUUAA